AUGCGCAGGCCCGAUGUAUAUGGCUAUCGUAAUUUAAUAGUUUUGCCUGCUGGUCAUAUCUCUGGAGCACCGCGCGAAGAUGUAAAGCUAGAUGCAAAAGAAUCGGAGGAUGACAGUUCCAGUAUUCUCUCGGUAAACUUUACCCAUAGAAAUUUCAAAUCCAACGAUGCUCAACAACUUAAAGGAGGAACAAAGCCUGCGACGUAUUUUGAUAUAUUACCCUAUGAUGCCGCCACUAUUUCACGGAGUCGCAUACGGAUUGGUACAAAAAAUGAUCCUCUGAAUGAGGCGGCCUCAGGAAACGGGCUCACGGAUAUAAGAGGACCUGAUACAAAGGAUCUGACAGAAAUUUCAAGAACAAGCAUUAUCAGCUCGUCUCCCAAGAAUUUACAGGGUGCUUUAAAUAGUAACAUUAGUCUUCGACAACAUCUUCACCGAGCAUAUCGUCCGGUUUUUUUCUUAAUAUUUGAUAGACCCAGUGUACUUGAACACCUAACUGAAUGUGAUUCUUUUGCAGCAUUCUGCAAACGACAGAUGAUUAGUCCUGUUAUGUUUGUUAAUCAGCCUACGGAUAUUUUUUGCGGAAAAGCCCAUCCUAGUUUGUAUCAUAACUUUGAUCUAUUUCAAGUGACCGUCUCAGGCUAUUCCUUUCACCCUGAUGGUAAAAAUACUCAGGCUGUAUUGGAUAGUCUUUAUCCAUCAAACUCGUGGCUUAACGGAUCCAGUGAUGUUGAUUUGUGCCCCGAUAAGAAUAUUCGGCAUAAACGUUUGACAGCCUUCGACAAUCCAGGAUUUGUUCGCUGA